CCCCGACCCCUUUCCAGAGCCAGAGCGCGAUUGGUGGUGGCGCUUGUCGCUCGGAGGGGGCCGGGCCGCGCUGCUUCGCUCUUCUGGUCGCAGCCACAGCCGCGGUUCUCCUGAGCGGCGAGCAGAGCGGGUUGGUGGCAUCUCCCAGGCAGCCAGCACUGGAGAUGGGAAGCAACGCGUACGGGCCCUGGCAGUGACAAAGUUUUCCAGCCCUGCAGGUCUCGUCACGCCACUGCCGGCCACCCGUGACCGCCUAGGGAAAGGCUCCGAGAUUUUGAAUUUGGGGGAAAACCCCAAAACAAAAAUCUAGACCCACCUCGUUUCCUUUGUGGAGCUCUUUCUCAGGGUGGUCAGCGGCGGGAGCUGCAAAGUUGUGCGCCGCGGCUCACACUGCCAGGGGACCCGCCUUUGGAGAGACUUAGGUGCUGGCGCACCCAGAGGCCCCAGACGUGCCAAGGGGGUUGAGCUCGGGGGAGUUUGGGGUGCACAGCGAGGAGGGGCCCCGGGAGCUCUAUAUGGAGGUAGGACCCCAGAAUGGUGUGUACCAGGAAGACCAAAACUUUGGUGUCCACUUGCGUGAUUCUAAGCGGCAUGACCAACAUCAUAUGCCUGCUGUACGUGGGCUGGGUCACCAACUACAUCGCCAGCGUGUAUGUGCGGGGGCAGGAGCCAGCGCCCGACAAGAAGCUGGAGGAAGAUAAAGGGGACACCCUGAAAAUUAUCGAACGGCUGGACCACUUGGAGAAUGUCAUCAAACAGCAUAUCCAAGAGGCUCCUGCCAAGCCUGAGGAGGCAGAGGCUGAGCCCUUCACGGACUCCUCCCUGUUUGCACACUGGGGUCAGGAGCUCAGCCCCGAAGGCCGGCGUGUGGCCCUGAAGCAGUUCCAGUACUACGGCUACAACGCCUACCUCAGUGACCGGCUACCCCUCGACCGGCCCCUGCCAGACCUCAGACCCAGUGGGUGCCGCAACCUCUCGUUCCCUGACAGCCUCCCAGAGGUGAGCAUCGUGUUCAUCUUCGUCAAUGAGGCACUCUCAGUGCUGCUGCGUUCCAUCCACUCGGCCAUGGAACGCACGCCAUCACAUCUGCUGAAGGAGAUCAUCCUGGUGGACGACAACAGCAGCAAUGAGGAGCUCAAGGAAAAGCUGACUGAAUACGUGGACAAGGUGAACGGCCAGAAGCCAGGCUUCAUCAAAGUUGUGCGGCACAGCAAGCAGGAAGGCCUCAUCCGCUCCAGGGUCAGCGGCUGGAGGGCAGCCACAGCCCCUGUGGUGGCACUGUUCGAUGCCCAUGUGGAGUUCAAUGUUGGCUGGGCGGAACCAGUCCUCACCCGCAUCAAGGAAAACCGGAAACGGAUCAUCUCACCAUCUUUUGAUAACAUCAAAUAUGACAACUUUGAGAUAGAAGAGUACCCGCUGGCCGCCCAAGGCUUUGACUGGGAGCUGUGGUGCCGCUACCUAAACCCACCCAAGGCCUGGUGGAAGCUGGAGAACUCGACAGCCCCAAUCAGGAGCCCCGCCCUCAUUGGCUGUUUCAUUGUGGACCGGCAGUACUUCGAGGAGAUUGGCCUGUUGGAUGAAGGCAUGGAGGUCUAUGGAGGGGAGAAUGUGGAGCUUGGGAUCAGGGUAUGGCAGUGCGGUGGGAGUGUGGAGGUCCUGCCCUGCUCUCGGAUUGCCCACAUCGAGCGAGCCCACAAGCCCUACACAGAGGACCUCACUGCCCACGUCCGCAGAAAUGCCCUCAGGGUAGCUGAAGUCUGGAUGGAUGAAUUCAAAAGUCAUGUGUACAUGGCAUGGAACAUACCACAAGAGGACUCAGGGAUUGACAUCGGGGACAUCACUGCACGGAAGGCUCUGAGGAAGCAACUGCAGUGCAAGACCUUCAGGUGGUACCUGGUCAGUGUGUACCCAGAGAUGAGGAUGUACUCUGACAUUAUCGCCUAUGGAGUGGUUCCUUCAGUAGAGGACAGAGAUUGGAGUGGAGAAAAUAUCAUUGGUUCAGAUCUUGGCCACAGGUAGGAGGUAUAGCUCUGGUAGCAAACUUAAUUAACAUGUAUGAGGCUCUGAGUUCAAACCGUAGCACCAUCAAAAAUGCAAAGGAGAAUAGAUCUUGACCUCGUCCCUUCUUUUGGACUGUGGGCCUAAGUUUCUUCAUCUGUUAAAUGGGUAAUUGGCUAGAAGGGAGUCUGAGAAGUGCAAAUAAAUUUUCUUUCUCAGUUUAAAAUAAUUUGACCGUGAUAAUCAUCCAACUAAUUUCAGGACCCUCCACUCUUAAAAUGUUUUGUGCAGUACAUGACUGACAUCUGAGAGUAUCUCCUCUACUGACUGUUAAAGUCUGAACACAUAAUUCUUUCCUAUGUCAGUUAAGCCCUUGAUCCCACUCCAUGGGGAUGCUUAUAUUAUAUUCAGGUUAUAUGAAAAAAUGGGCAAGAACCUGGCUCAUCUCUGACAGAGCCUGAAAGACUACCUGGAAUCACAGCAGUCUUUGCUUUGGAGAGCAUAACCUGCUGCCUUUUUUUGAUAUACCAAGAUGAAAACUUGAAGGCAGAGCUGAGGCCUCUUUGGUGCCCUGUGAUCAGAGCUGAGUUAAGGGCUUCUCCAGCUGGAAAUGUUAUGAAUGGAGCUCUUGCCUGGGAGUGCGAAGAGCCUUUAUUGAGAGGUUUGACUCAGAACUAGUACCCAGUACUCUAAUACCCAGUGGUUCUGAAAGACACAGAGGUGGAACCCUAGACAACCCUCAGUUAAGACUGACCAGGAGGCCAUCUUUUAGGGGUAAAUCAUAUCUUCUGUGAGAGCCCCAUAUGCAUGUUUGCACCCUGAAACAGUGCCUCUUACCUUUCCACUUCUGAGUCUGAGAGUCAGAGAAUUCCCUCAAACAAUGUUGCCCAACUGCUACAUGAUACUCUAGAUCCUCCCUCAUCAUAGAAGUACAUUGUAUUGUAUGAUGUCCGUUAGCUCUGUGCACAUGACUAGAACCUUCCAGGGGAUAUCCUACUCUCUGCUCCAUAAAACUGUAUGGUGCCACUUGGCCACUGUUGACCCAGUCCUAAAAGAAUAUUGUGUGCCUAAAGAAAGUUUUAGAACCAAACCUCCAAGAGCCAGGACCCGCUCCAGACUCUACAUUCUCAUUAGUUCAUCACUGGAGCCAAGUAAGAUCAGCCACACUUACCAGGAGAGACAGAGGAAGCAGUACAAAAAGAGUGUUUACAUGUAGCUAUUAUAUUUCCGGGUCCUAGCUAAAGACCCUUUUCAUCCUCCAUGUAAAAAUGCCUUAUAGUCCACAUAC